CCUGAGUACCUUCGGCUGGGAUCAACUUAUUCGUUGUCUCUCUCUUUCGAGGCGACGAUAAAUUUUAAAUAUGAAAAUGAUGGACAGAGGAAAGAAAUGUCUUGUAAUUGGUUGUUGGUUGGAAAGACCCAUUUCUGCGAAAAAUCAGCACGGGAUCAAUAUUGUGCAUCCCACGCAUUCAAAAUACGAAAGGGCGUAAUAAUCCCACAACCAUGUAAAGGAUGCGGACGAGGCACUAAAUCAAGAGUUCAGCUUUGUGUCCAAUGUGGACAAGAAUCAGACAUACAUAGAACAGUACUCAACAUUCUAACCGGACGAUGGGUCAAAACUAAUGGUAAGCUAUUCCAGAAGUUGAUUCGUGAAGGUUACAGAUGUACUAAUAGACUUUCGGAUUAUUUAGAAGAUAUUGGGACUAUAUAUGUCGGUGAAUUUGAGCUGGAUCCCUUAGCCGACUUCUACUAUCCAGCCUUAAUUCUGCCCUUAUCUAUCUUAGCAAGUAGAUCGGAUAUUCAUAAAAACUUCCCUAUUAGUGUAGAAUCUGCUGUUGUAGGAGGAAUGAGUUUAUUCAGCCUUGAAAAAAAUAAACGAUCCUCGUUCCAGAAUCUGAUGUUAAUGAAUUACAGUAACUUGUCUACAUUAAUAGGAAUAACUUGGGAUCGUGAAGAGACGAAAGCUUGGAGGAAUGAUAUACUCAUGAAAUUCCUUCAUCAUCCAAAUUUGGUUCCUUCAAAGUAUAGGCCAAAUUCUUUAUAUGACGCAUUUACCAAGACGAGUGUUUUAGGGCCAGAACAUAUAUUGGCUCUAUCACGAAUUUAGCCAUAAAGGCGCGGUGCAAGGCGUGAUUAUGAUAUAAAUAAAUUGUUUAUAGCCCUGGAAUGGCAGU